UUGUAGUCAGGUGAAUUUUAAAAAUAUAUUAUUGUUAGUUGAAGCAAGGUUUUAUAUUUAUGUUGAAUUUUCGCCAAGGUGGUUAAAAAAUUUCAAAUGUUUUAAAUUUUAUGGUGCAAAUGUUGCAGUUACCCAACAAAAGUUAAGAAUUUUAGAGGUUAGGAAAAAACCGCUAAAAUGAUGAACUCGACUAAUAUAACCAAUACAACAUUGCAAAACUCCCAAUUGCCUGUUCAAAAAAUGGAAUUGGCGGCCAGAAAUGUGGACAAAUCACUAGCGAUGGAUAAUAAUGCACCUAGAUUAAUAGAUUUCAUGAAUGUAACAGCUCAAAGUGGAUCUACCAACAGUGGACUAACGGAUUUUGAUUAUCCCACGAUUAAUGGCUUACCUUUGGCAUUAAAUAAUAUGACCCAAAUAAGGAACGUUAGCAAUGUACCACUGCCACCAGAAAUUAUUGACCAUUUUAGUCAUGUGCAAUGUCACUGUAUGAUGGGACUAUUUCCAGAAAUAAAUCGUGCUUGGCUUACUGUAGAUAGUGACAUCUAUAUAUGGACUUACGAGGAAAAUACAGAUUUGGCUUAUUUUGAUGGCAUUAAUGAGACAAUUUUAUGUGUCGGUUUAGUGAAACCUAAACCAGGAGUGUUUCACGCGUUUAUAAAGUACUUACUAGUGUUAACCACCGCUGUAGAUAUUAUAGUUCUGGGUGUUACUUUCACUGCAGGUGCCUUAAACAUUUCAGAUGAAAUUCAAUUAAUCCCGGAUCCGGUGUUUACUUUACCAACAGAUGGGAAUACAAUUACAACAAUAACAGCUACACAGAGUGGGAGAUUGUUUUUAGGAAGCAAAGAGGGUAGCCUUUUUGAAAUAUCAUAUCAGGCUGCUAGUGGUUGGUUUGGAAAGCGGUGUAAGAUGGUUAAUUUAUCAACAAGUGCCCUGUCAUUUUUGGUGCCCUCCUUUUUGAAUGCCGCUCUUAGUGAGGAAGACGGUAUUAUUCAAGUAGCUAUUGACGAUAGCAGGAACAUCUUGUAUUCUUUAACUGAGAAAGGUUCAAUAGAAGUUUGUGAUUUAGGAGAGAAUGGCAGUUCAUUUUCUAGAGUAACAAAAGUUAGUCAAAAUGCAUUGGUUAGUCAAGCAGUCAGUACUGUCAAAACUAUUGAUAGCCAAAAUUUUCGGCCAAUAAUAAGCAUUUCACCAAUAGAAGCUAGUGAAUCUGGUAACAUUAAUUUGGUGGCUGUCACACAAAGUGGUAUGCGGUUCUAUCUGUCAGUAGUGGGCUUAUCCAAUCAACAGCCAAAUCAAAGACCUUAUACUUUAACGUUGAUCCAUGUGCGUUUGCCUCCUGGUUAUUCCGCCAAUGUGACUGUAAGGCCAAGAGCUGUCCACAUGUCUCACUACCGAGAUAGGAAUUUAGUAUUAAUUUCAAAUGUUAAAGACAAGGAUGUUUUAUGGUGCAUGAGCUCAGAUUUAUUUCCAUUCACACAAAGUUUAAUGGAGGCCCACACAAGUGUAAAUUUAGAUGGAAACGCUCUAGCACUAGCGGAAGUGAGGCAUGAUACCCCUAUUUCUAGUAAUAUGUACGAAGAACUGCCUCUGAUCGUAAGACAACACGCUGAACCUCCCAAAAAAUAUGUAGUUUUAACUUCACACAGUGUGCAGAUAUUUAUAAAACUCCGUCCAGUUGAUUUGUUAAGACAAAUCUUAAUAGAUAGCCGCGGUCGGGAUACUGAACCCUUGAAAAUAUUUUUCGCGGUGCUUAGGGAGUCUCAAGCCUGUGCAACGAGUUUAAUCUUGGCCUCUCUGGAAAAUGAUGUAAACGCCGAAGUCGCCGAUCUGGCUACUAGAGCUUUCUUCAUGUUUGGCGGGGAGCCAAAAAUGAUACCUAUAAGUCAAACAGUUGCCACCUUUGCAGGAACAAAUCUCAUAACAUCAACUCCAGCUGGUCCACAGUACCAACCAAAUUUACAGCAAACGUUCCAGUCGCCGCAGUCGCCGAGUUAUCAAUCUCAUAGUUUACAAUCGCAAAAUUUUUCGCAAACCAUGUCGCCUCAAGCAACUUUCGAUCCAACUAGUACCGUUAACUUUUCCGCUAAGCAUAACGGAUUAUAUCUGUACCUGUGUCGAAUUCUAAGACCCAUCUGGAAUAGAAGAUGCGCCGACAAGGUUCACAUUGAUGGGAAAACCAUAUCUAAUCAGAGUACCAUAACGUCCGCGGAGUGCAUGCAAAUCCUGGCCAACCUGUCCGCGCUUCAUAAUUUUCUAAACUUGAACACUCAAUUGUCAAAUCCCGGUAUGCCGCAGCAGAGUACUUCGAUGAAUGUAACGAGAAUCAAGUCAACCGAACACGAUGCCCAGCUAGAAGAGAGGCAGUCCCUUGAUGCCGUGAAGACUUUCGUCUGCCAUUGUUGCCAGAUUUUAGGGUUGUGGCGUAUAUUGUGUGACCAUCAGUUUCACAGCUUGGUUGGAGCCUUGCCAGAAAAUCACCAACAGAUCCUGCAGAGCAUAACGUUUAAGGAAUUAUUCUUGUAUAGGCAAGACAUCUGCUCGGUUUUAAUUAGCACAUUGGUCAAUAGCUAUUUAGGCGAUAACGCAUCCGUGGAUUCUAUAAGCAACAGGUUGAUGGAAGUGUGUCCCCACUUGUACAAGCCGGAAGAUGCCGCGUAUUCCAAAGCCAGUGAAUUACUGAAAUCGACGCGGACCGUCCAAAACGUCGACGAGAAAGAAGAGAUGGUUUUGUCGGCUUUGCAGCUUUGCAAAAAUAUUGUGCCCAACAUUAACUUACCCGAAGUCUACAAACAGUUCACAGCGCUAAAAGCUUACAAAGCGGUCGUCGAGCUCUGUGCUCAUUUCGCGAAAAAGAUCGAUCCGGAUAAAGUGGCGGAAAAUUUUUAUGGAAACGAAGACAAUGCCGCCGAUAAGGAGGGUUUCGCUUAUUAUCAAAAAAGGAUGGAGAUAUACAGGGAGGUUAUAAAUAUGCUAGAAGUGCUUUAUAAUGAGCAAAGCGAUCAACCCUCGGCGGCUUCCUUUAGUUUAGAUUACACAGAUCAGAAGUCAAUUUUACUUAACGAUACAGAACCUUCAAGGCUUGGAAAUGUGAUUCGAGAGAUCGUCAAUGAUAUUCUGGAUUCCGAUGAUGAGAUAAUGCACAUAGCUCUCUAUGAGUGGAUGAUUUCCAAACAGAUGACCAAUGACAUUAUAAGGAUCAAUAAGUCCUCCCUUGAACAGUAUCUCAAAAAAUCUUCUGCGCAGACUUCGGACAACUUACCCGUAAUGGAUCUGCUAUGGAAGUUUUAUGAGAGUAACAAUAAUCAUGCAGCCGCUGCUAAAAUAUUGAACAAUUUGGCCACGAAAUCGGGGAGCAGCAUUACUUUGAAAGAAAGGCUCACCUACCUUGCGAGAGCUAUCAUGUGUAUGAGAAGCGACAAAGUAGGCUACGCUCCAUAUUUGGGCGUGUUUUUACGAGAUUUGGAAGAUAAAAUGGAAGUCGCUAAAGUACAGGAUCUCAUUCUUGAUGACAUAACAAACCUUCGUAACGAAACUCCUAGUGCCGGCGAAGCUAUAGCUGCCUUGAACUCGGGAUUGUACGAAAUUUCUCAGCUCUAUGAGAAUUUUGCCGAACCGUUUCAGCUGCUGGAAUGUCAGCUGGCUAUUAUCGAUUGCGCCGGCUAUACGGACAGCGAUAACUCUUUAGUUAAGUCUAUUUGGCAGAAAAUUAUAGCCAAUGAGCUGAGGAAAUCAUCUGGUAGCGGUACGGACAGAAUGACUCAGGUGAUGGGCAAAGUUAAGCACUUAGCGAGGCAGUACGUCCGCUCCUCCAACUGUUUUCCCUUGGAUUACAUUGUUGGUGAACUGGAAAUGAUUAACGCAAGAUUAAGGGGUGACAAAGGUUUAGUUCCCAAUUCUCUCGUUUCCAUGAUGAUUCCAUUCGACAACAUAAUCGAAGUCUACAACAAUUUGAUCACCACGGCUACAAAUCUAGAUUUUUGGCAAGUGGAAGAAAAUGAAUUUCACCUUGCUGAAUCAACAGCGUGCUUAAUUACAAGUUUCCUCAACACACACGAUACAUUUAACAGUGUGGAUAAUUUUUUUUUAGGAGAAAAAUUACGUCAUUGUGUCAGGAUACAGUUGCAACUCUACUGUCAAAUCUAUACAGUAAACCUAACAGUGAUCACCUAGUGAACCAACUCAGGAGUAUACAAGCGAGGCUCUCGCGAAUUUGAAAAACCUAAUCAUCCCAUUUCUUAACUAUUGUUAUAAUAGUACUGAUUAGGUUUACAAUGUCCUUUUUUAUUUACAAAUUUUUUAAAAAUAUUGUUCGUGUGACUUCAACUUUACUUGUUUUUCAAUAAAAUGGUAUUUUUAGUAUUAUCUUAACUUUUCUUGAAUUAUGGUAUUGAUGGUUGUCUUUACAAAAUUAUACCGUCCUGCGUGACAAAAGAAAGUGAAGUUUAAGUGUCAGCUAGCUAAUAAUAAAUGCAAUACGAGAAAACAAUGAUUUUUUAAAUGUCAUUAAUAUUCAAAAAAAUGGUGAAAUUGUAAAAACAAGUUAGAUAAUGAAUACCCAUACACUUUGAAAGAUUUAUUUUUAAAAAAAUUUUCACUUUUAUAUCACUCGAUAAUGUAGAAUAGCAACUAAAAAAUACGGCAAAUUGUGAAAAAAGGCGCAUGAAUAAAUUGAACAUUUGAAACGUCAACGAAUUAAAAAGUGAUCCCAUAUAGCUACACCAAUAAUACAAGAACUUAUGCAACUAAUAUUUUUUGAAAAUGCCUAUUGAAAAAUCUCGUUUUUGCGAUAUUCAACAACCAACAUGGACGCUGACAAAUCGUCAAUAAAUUUGGGUGCGGCAUUUUU